AUGGCGUUUCUUUUCAAGUCCAAGAAGCACCAGGACCGUACGACAACCAGUCGCGACGGCAGCUCAGGCUCUCAGGGGUCCAUCCAGAACGCCCCGGGGCGCGCAGUGGCUAGAGACGACAAGAACACAGCAUUGCAGCGCGCGACGCCAACGGGAAGCCUGCAUUCUAUCGACAACGACACCAAUACCUCUAGCCCAGACCAGGGCCAAGCCCAAGGCCAUGGCCGCCGCACAGGAAGCGUUGAUACGUCCCAGCCGAGUGAUUUGCCUUUUCGAAACCAGCCGCCCGUCAGCAAUGCUUCCAAUGCCUCGCUCUAUCCGUGGUCGCAGCGGCGCUUGACGUACACGUCGUCGCAUCCCAGCCCAUUUCCUCGAUAUGGCGCCGCCGUCAACUCGGUCGCCUCCAAGGAGGGAGAUGUUUAUCUCAUGGGUGGUCUGAUCAACUCCUCGACUGUAAAGGGCGACCUUUGGAUGAUCGAGGCCGGUGGUAGCAUGACAUGUUACCCUCUGGCGACAACCGCCGAGGGCCCGGGGCCUCGUGUUGGCCAUUCUAGUCUGCUAGUCGGCAAUGCAUUCAUCGUUUAUGGCGGAGACACCAAAAUUGAUGACAAUGACAUCUUGGAUGAGACCCUAUAUCUACUUAAUACUUCAACACGGCACUGGUCCCGUGCCCUGCCCGCAGGGCCUCGUCCAUCGGGGCGAUAUGGCCACUCGCUUAACAUUCUUGGCUCCAAGAUAUUCAUCUUUGGUGGUCAAGUCGAGGGCUUUUUUAUGAACGAUCUCUCUGCGUUUGAUCUCAACCAGCUGCAGUCGCCGACCAAUCGAUGGGAAAUUCUUCUCAAGGCAGAAGCGAGUCCCAAGAUGCCCGCCGCGCGAACGAACCAUUCCAUGGUGACAUUCAACGAUAAGAUGUAUCUGUUUGGCGGCACGAAUGGUUUCCAAUGGUUCAACGACGUCUGGUGUUACGAUCCCGCAGUCAACAAGUGGUCGCAGCUAGACUGCAUCGGCUAUAUACCCGCUCCUCGUGAAGGCCACGCUGCUGCUCUGGUGGACGACGUCAUGUAUAUUUUCGGAGGAAGAACCGAUGAAGGCACUGAUCUGGGAGACCUUGCGGCGUUUCGUAUCACGCAGCGGAGGUGGUAUACUUUCCAGAAUAUGGGCCCCUCUCCCUCGGCUCGAUCUGGACACAGCAUGACCACGGUUGGAAAAUCCAUUGUUGUGCUUGGCGGGGAACCUAGCACUGCUUCUUCGUCUACUAACGAUCUUGGCAUUCUCUACGUAUUGGACACGACUAAGAUUCGGUAUCCUAACGAUGCUCCAGGAGGGCCCCAGAGAAUACCCCAAGCGCGACGGCCUAGCGAUGCAUCGAAUCCCAACAGACAGCCACCGACGCGCGAUGUCUCCAACGGAGGAGGCCCUCCCGAUCCUGGAAACAUGAUUGUCGGUGGCCCAUCAAGCAUCAACAACGGACCAGCUACCCGGAGAAUUGCUUCCAACGGCAUGGAACCAACCGGCUCACCAGGCCUUGGAGGACCGGGUACACCUCCUCCGGCUGGUGCGCCACCAAGGGCUCCCGGAGGCCCUCCCGGAGCCCCCCCCGGUCCUGGAGGUCCGGGAGGCCCAGGAGUUCCCGGAAACAGGAUGCAGAUGCCUAGAGCUGCCGCGAAUGCUAGCCCCUCUGGACCGCCUCCGCAAGGCCCAACCCCUGCGAAGCCGGCUGCUGAUCCAUCUGCCAUAGGUCGUGUCCGAGGUGCAUCAGUUGAUCGGGCGCCGACGGGCUCACCCCAGCUGACGUCUGCCCCGUCACCAAUAACCCGCGAAGUUAUACCUGAGGACGAUGCACCCGCACCCACCUCUGCACCCAUAUCUGCAGCGGGUAAUCCUGUCAACGGACGACGAACACCCACCACGCCUACUCAAGUUUCAAGGACGGGAUCUAAACAAGGUUCCUUGGGCGGAAACGAACCUCCCAGGGGCAAAAUGCGCGCUAACCCGGGUUCGAUCGAUGGCAUGGCAGAAGGGCAGAGGGCAACGCCAGAGGCUAUGCAGAGGGCUACACCUGACGGGAUGCAGAGAGCUGCACCAGAAGGGAUGCAGAGAGGUCCCCCUGAAGGGAUGCAGAGAGGUCCCCCUGAAGGCAUGCAGAGGCCUGCGCCAACUCGACCGGCUUCACCUCCGCAUACAGCCAAGCCGAUGAGCGCCAACCUCAACCGACGUUCAUCUGGCCGAAAUUCGCAGACUGUUGCUCUUCUCAAGGAGCUUGACAAUGCCCGAAAUCGGAAUGCGUGGUAUGCGUCGGAACUCGAGUUGGCCAGGAAAGGUGGCUAUGUUCCCAAUGCCUCCAUGGGGCCCGCACUGGAUGGAAAAGCUGUCGAGUCCUUUGACGACGAAGACCGACCGCUGAUCGAGGCUCUUUUGGCUAUGCGCACAGAGUUAGCAAACGUUCAAAAUGCUGUAGACAAGCAAGCUAUUGUUGCUGCCAAGCAGAUAGCGGAGGCGGAAAGGCAACGAGAUGUCGCCAUUCAGGAAGCCGUUUAUGCCAAAGCCAAGCUGGCUGCUCAGAGUGCCGGAAGUGUAUCAAGUACCCCCCAGCCUGAAGGCGGAGACGAUUUUGCUGCUCGAUCAGCAGAUAUGAGCAAGAAGCUGGCAUCAGCCCUCAACCACCAAAAGAGUCUUCAGACGCAGCUGGAGUCGGCGAAAUCCGAGCUUGAUGCCGAGAAGAGAGCUCGCAAGCUUGCCGAUGACACAACAUCGGCCGCCCAGAAGCGCAUGGCCGAUUUGGAGGCUUACAAACAACAAAAUUCUGGGGAAGUCGAGCGUCUAAAGGCGGAGCUUCACUUCUCGCAGCGUGAAGCCCGGGAGCAAGCAGUGGCUGCCGCUGAGGCCGUGGCUGCUCUGGAACUGCUGAGAGUCGAAAAAGAGACUAUUUCGAGGAAGCUUGACGAAGUUGCCGAAUCAUCAAAUGGUCGAGAAGAGACAUUUGAGUCUCUCAGGGCCGCCAUUGAAGCCUCACAGGAUGCGAGCGCCCACCUCGAGACAAAACUUGAAGAAGAGAGAACCCAAAGGGAGAAGGUCGAAGGGAAGCUGACCAAGCUCAAAGCUGAACACGAAGCGCGCACAGCAGAAUUAGUUGCUGUGACCCAACGUCUACGAGACGCCGAAGAGCUUGCCGAGAAACACGCUACUGAAGCACGCACGCAUCGGGAAGCUGUCCUUUCAGGACUUCACAAGCUCACUGCCAAGGACGACUCAGUUGCGCAUAAUGGAGAUGCUGAACGUGCCGUUGCACUUCAAAACCAGCUCACUGCUGCGAACGCUUUAGUCAAGAAAUACCAGCAGGAAGCAGACAUAGCUGCCGACAGACUGCGCAGUGCGGAGGAGCGCAUUGCUGGGCUGGAGCAGUACCAGGAGCAGUCCAGCCGUGAGGGCGUUGGUAUUCGACGACAACUCCAAUCCGCCUUGAGGGAAAACCAAGGCCUCCAGGCUGCUCAUUCAGAUAUCAAGAACCAGCUGGCGGCUCAGCAGCUUGAAACAAACGCCAUGACUGUGCAGCACACCGCACUCAAGGAUAUUCUUGUCGAACGAGGCAUUAGCCCCACUGGUGCCACCAGAACCCGCGGCUUCGCGAGCCCACGGACAACUUCUCCUGAGCAGCAGAGUCGCCUGCGAGAGCUUGAGGCUCAGCUGGCCAGCAUUAAUGCCGCUCACGAAGAGACUAAGCAGACAUUCGCCAUCCAAGCCCAAGACUCUGAAACUGCGUACCGUGAGAAGUUAUCCCAGCUCGAGAGCGAUUAUCAGUCAGCGGUGCAUUAUGUUAAGGGAACAGAGAAGAUGUUGAAGCAGCUUCAGGAGCAGCUAGCACGCUAUAAGACAGAGAAUGGCCGCUUGAAGUCUGAAGUUGUGGAGCUUGAGGAUAGACUGCAGGCUGGUCCCAACGAGCCUGGUUCCGCCGGGUGGGAGAACGAGCGUACCGCCUUGCAGGCGAAGAUAUCUGGCUUGGAAGCUGAGCUCCACGAUUCUGCUGCACAGCUAGAGAAGAGCCUUGAGGGUCUCAAGGUCGAAUUGGCAGAUAGCCAGCACGAAUGCGACGAAGCCCGCAGAUCUCUGAGCACCCAACGGAAGGAACUUGAGCAGUUGCAAUCCGAGAACGCCCUUCUCGAGCAGCGCGCGUCCGAUGCUGAGCAAAAGGUCUCGCUGCUUCUUGAUCAAGUCGAGCACUCUGUCGAUACCUACCGUCGCCGCAGCCGGCAUGUUGUCAGCAUGAACGCCGAUGCGAUGGCGGCGGCGAAUGGCAUGGGUCUCGGUAGCCUCGGUACCCUCGCUCUCGGCCACAGCCGUAACGAAAGCUCUGAGGGUGAGAGUAUCUAUGGGGAUAGCAACCUAGGAAACCGAAACAGCGCCGCUCUUGACAAUCUGGCUACCGAGCUGGAGACUCUUCGAAACCACUGGGAGACGACAAACAAGAACUACCGUCUGAGUACCAACUUCGAUUUCGAGUCCGCAAACGCCUCUAAGAAAGAGGACGAUACCCCUAUCGGCAUGGGCAUGAGUGGCAACCUUGCGGAUUGGAGAAAGCGACUGGAUACGGAAAAUCACGACGACGCAGAGAAACCCAAGCAAGGCUAA